UUCUCAUUAGACCCCACAUUCUGAAACCCAAACCCCACACUUUUAGAGAAAUGAGUAGUCAUGAUACAUACCAAAAACUCAUUUUGUUUUGCCUAUCCAUAUUCUUUCUUCAAAACAUAUUGAAGAAUGUGGAGGGCUUGGCAUGUAACUGGGGUACACAAGCGAGCCAUCCACUACCACCAAACAUAGUGGUGAAACUCCUUAGGGACAAUGGGUUCAACAAAGUUAAGCUAUUUGAAGCUGACCCUGGUGCACUCAGAGCUCUUGGUAAAUCCGGUAUUCAAGUCAUGGUCGGUAUCCCCAACGAUCUCUUGGCAACUAUGGCAUCCACUGUUACCAACGCAGAGCUUUGGGUUCAACAAAACGUCUCUCAAUACAUCUCUAGAUAUGGAACCGACAUAAGAUAUGUAGCGGUGGGGAAUGAGCCAUUCUUGAAGACCUAUAAUAACAGAUUCGUCCGAUCAACAUAUCCAGCGCUGCAAAACGUUCAAGCAGCUCUAGUUAAAGCUGGUCUUGGUCGGCAAGUCAAAGUGACGGUUCCUCUUAAUGCCGACGUCUACGAAUCCAGCGAUGGUCUUCCUUCUUCCGGCGAUUUUCGAUCAGACAUAAAAACCUUAAUGAUCUCUAUUGUUCGAUUCCUAGCUGAUUCCGUCUCACCAAUCACCUUCAACAUCUACCCUUUCCUCUCUCUCAACGCUGAUCCAAAUUUCCCGCGCGAAUACGCCUUCUUCCCAAACGGAGGCGGCGGCGGUGGAGCUAAGCCCGUCGUCGAUGGUUCAAUCUCUUACACGAACGUCUUCGACGCAAAUUUCGACACUUUAGUCUCGGCGCUGGAGAAGAACGGAUUUGAUGCGAACAAAAUUGAAAUCAUCGUCGGAGAAGUCGGAUGGCCAACCGACGGUGAUCAGAACGCAAAUCCUGCAAUGGCUCAGAGAUUCAAUCAAGGGUUAUUGAAUCGUAUCCUUCAAGGACAAGGUACGCCUCGCCGGAGAAUGGCGCCGGAAGUUUAUAUAUUCUCAUUAGUAGACGAAGAUGCCAAGAGCAUUGAUCCCGGGAAAUUCGAAAGACAUUGGGGAAUAUUCUCUUAUGACGGCGCCGUUAAGUAUCCUCUGAGUCUCGGUAACGGCCGUCCGUUGGUUCCGACUAAAGGUGUUCGUUACCAGGCACGUGAGUGGUGCGUGCUCUCCACUCAGGCUGCGGGUAACGGUGCUGCCACUUGGCAGGCUUCUGCUACGUACGCGUGUCAAAAUGCCGACUGCACCUCGCUCGGGCCGGGUUCCUCCUGCGCCGCCUUGGACCCGACCGCGAAUGCUUCUUAUGCGUUCAAUAUGUAUUUUCAAAAAAUGGAUCAUCGUCGUGGCUCAUGUGAUUUUAACAAUCUUGGGGUUGUUACUAAGAUAGAUCCGUCAAGUGGUUCCUGUAGGUUUCCUAUCGAAAUCGACACGAGCAGGCAGCAGAUGUCGAAUCCGCCACCGAGGAAUUCAGGUGCAUCUGAAGCAAAGUAUAGGUUGGGGGCAGCCGUGGUGAUGGUAAUCUGUUUGGUGUUCUCUAAUUGAUCCUUGGGGAUGUUUUUUUCAUUCUUUCAUUGAAAUGUAAAUACAAUUGUCCAUAAUUCGAUAACUGGACAUGUAAUUAUUCUGUCUUAGAACUUGUUUUCCUUUUUUUCACUUGUUAUGUUAAAUUAUUGAUAGGUUAAUAGUGAUGAUUUGAUUCGUAAUAGAUGGAAUGAAAGCGGAUAACAAGGUGGACGUAUGUGAUUAGAGUCCAUAAUCUGCCUUGUCUUUGAACCUGAAA